AUUCCUGAAGUCAGUGAGACCACGAACCCACCGGGAGGAACAAACAACUCCGGACAUGCCACCUUUAAUAGCUGUAACACUUGCUACAAAGGUCUGCAGCUUCACUUCUGAAGUCAGCGAAACCACAAACCUACUGGAAGGAAGAAACUCUGGACACAUCUGAACAUCUGAAGGAGCAAACUCUGGACAUCACCCUUUUUAAGAACUGAAACACUCACCACGAGGGUCUGCAGCUUCAUUCUUGAAGUCAGCGAGACCAAGAACCCACCAGAAGGAACCAAUUCUGGAUACAUUUUGAUGACCCAGAUGGGACACAUUUUGGCGACUCCACCAGGACAGUCACCAAGUGAGAGUGAACAAAGCCUCCCUGGCUUCAGGAAUAUCUCCUCUGGUGUGUGGAAAGCUCCUGCAGCUAUGAAGGAAAUGGCACCAGGAGCUCCAGAAGACUCAGGAAAGCUUUCAAAUCCAAUGGGAUGGCUAUACAGGCCUCCUGGGAUGGAUGUCACCCGCCUACUCCUGGCCACCCUGCUGGUCUUCCUCUGCUUCUUCACUGUCUACAGCCACCUGCCACCUGAGGAGAAGCUCCAAGAUGACAGGAGCCUGAGAAGCAACUCCUCUGUGAACCUACUGGAUUUCCCUUCUGUCUCUAUUGUGGCGCUGAACAAGAAAUCCAAACAGAUCAGCAGAAAAGAAGCAGAAAAGAAGAGAUCUUCUAAGAAGGAGGCUUCGAUGAAGAAAGUGGCGCGGCCCCGGACCCCCCUGUCUGCGCCCUGCGUGGCCACCCGUGACAGCUGCAAGCCGCCUGCACCCGCCUGCUGCGACCCGUGUGCCUCCUGCCAGUGCCGCUUCUUCCGCAGCGCCUGCUCCUGUCGCGUGCUCAGCCUCAGCUGCUGAGCGCGCCCUCUCCCGGCCGCGGGCGCACAGAGUUUUGGGGACGCGGGGCGCUUUUCAGGCGGGUGAUCUCUAACAGGGCGGCUUCCCACGACUGGGGGCGGGCGGAGGUUGCAGGAGGUGGGAGUUCAGGGAGACCUGGCUUGGGCUAAACUCGAAAUACAAUAUAUAUAGGCUG